ACCUCACAAAAACACAAAACAAAUCAGUCAUUCGUCAUAAAACACUAAAUUACACGUCAGUUUUGCAGAAUUAUGAAGCUUUUCGAGAUAUGGAUAAUAGUAUGUAGUCUACAUUUCACCACUUCUAAACCAACAAAAGAGAAGGCUGGGCCUUGCGCAAACGCGGAAGAUCCUAUGGCGUGUCUUCAUGGGAUGUUAAUGCACGGUGAUGAUCACCAGGGGGACGCACAUAAAGCUGAGGACCAGUACCUCCGCUUCCAGCCAGUACUACGCACCGGAAAUCCCGAAAAAGCGGGUCCCCAGGAUGCUGAGCAGACGUUUCAUGCGUCCAUGAUGCACAAUGGCGAAGACCCUGCGCAUGCUCACCAAGGAGGUAUCGCCAAACCACAAAUCAAAGAGAAGUUAGGACCUCAAGAUGCAGAAGCUGCUCUUCAUGGAGUGAUGAUGCAUGGAGACGAUCAACAAGGACAAAAUCAUGAUAAGGAACACAAGCAUCCAAAAUCGUCCACAGGAACAGAGGGUCAUAAAGCGGCUCCUUUGGACGCUGAACAUUUAAUGCAUGGGGUUCUCAUGCACGGGGAUUCAAAUGUUGAAAACCAUCACGUACAUGCCAAUCCAAAUGAAAAACGGGUAAAAGAAAUCCCUGGGCCCGUUGAUCUUGAACAAAAAAUGCAUAAGCUGAUGCAUAAGGAUGGCGAUGUACACCAUGAUGAACAAAACGAGGACUCGAAGAAAACUGUGCCUGGUCCACGUGACCAAGAGGAUGUCAUUCACAAACUGAUGCACAAUGGUGAAAACCUUAUGCACGAAAUUCUCGGCGAGAACAAACCAUUCAAAUUCAACAUCGCCGAGAUUAUGAAGCUAGGAAUAGAUCCAGACAUUCUGAAAUCGGUAGGACUGGACAGAAUAAAAAAAGAUGAUGAAGCAGACUAUAAGGAAUGGCGAAAAGAACAAAAUAAAGACGACACUUUGGGCGAAACGAUUGCUUACAUAUCUGACUCGAUUGUGCCAGAUAUCGAACUCAUGAAACGGCGAUAUAUGAAUCUUGGAGAGGAAGUCGAGCGAGAAAUACAGCAAUUUGCAGACAACAGAAACAUCGAGAUCUCCCCAGAAGAGUUAUUGGAUAACCUCCAUUUAGAAGAUGGCGCCGGAGAUCACUUGGGCGAAGACAUUCCGCAUGACCUUGAACUCAUUGGCAGUACCGAACCUAUCAAUGCCCGCCACAAAGUUUUUAUGGACAAACGGAGAUGAUGUCAUAAUUACGUUUCAAAAAGUGAACUGGUGACAUAAUUAUGUCUUUCAUGUUGAUAUUACCAAUAAGUUUCUUUACUGAUUUACCUUCAAAAUUUCGUUGAUAAAAAAAGGACAGAAGAUAUGUGUGGAUAUUUUAAAUAUUUAUUCAAUUUUAUAAAAUCAUUUAUAUUUAAUUACAAUCCCAUUCAAAGUAUUUCAGAAUUUAAGUAACAAUAAAAAUUACUCUAUCCGUACCAUGGAAGGGAAACUACAAUAAAAGAAUCUGAUAAUUGUACAAAUGUCAAUUACUAAUGACCUAUUUCAAACUCUAUUCGUGCCAUAUAAAUAAAUUACAGCACUUCUAC